CAGAACGUUUCACAUGUCCAGAGUGUGGGUGUCGGUCCAUCGUCGAUGGUUUGCCAGUUAGUCUCUCCCAAGUCGCGGUCACUGCUGGAGCUUCUGCACGACCCAGCUUCCAUUAUUUUUUUUAAAUAAGUAAUUGAGUUGUCUUUUGUUUGAACCCGCGAGUCAAUUCAACAGCCCAAUCAAAAACUCCAUACUAAAUAUACAAGCCUACAAUAGUCUAGUACAAUACAAGACAAUGCAAUGCGGAUCGUAAUAAUGUAACGUUACUUCUCAUACUCAGUGUGUAAUAUAAUGUAGACAGUAAAUUUCCAGCGGAUCAACAGAGCGUAAAAAAACCGCUAAUCCCGUUCAUUGUUUUAUCAUUUAUUAUAAUAAAAUAUUAAUAUAUUUAAAAGUAAAUAAAUAAAUAAAUAAAUAAAAGGUGAUUAUCAAAAUGAGUUUGCGGUGGAUCCAAGAAAACAAGGAAGCGCCAACAUGCGACGAGGAAUCAAGUGACAUCGAUGACAGCGCAACUGAUGACAGUUACGACACCGACUCGUCUUUAGAUAAAAAUGAUAACGAGAAUUCAGUCAAUCAACCGAGGAAGAAACGUAAUACAACUCGGCAUCCAACCACAACGGUGAUCUUUGAUGAGAACGGAAAGCCUGUUUACAAAACCAAUCAACUGGAUAAAUCAUCAGCGGGCUGCAUACUCUGGGAUCCACGCAGUUCUGUCGAUAAUCCGGCUUACGGGUGCCGACUAAUUAAAUUCUUCUGUCGUACUGGCUACCAUUUGACUGUUUCUCCAGCGGGUUUCGUUCGCGGGCAAACAAACAUUAAUGACCAAAUCGCGUUAUUUAAUGUUACCUCGGUAUCUUUUGGGGUAAUACGGAUACAGAAUCCGGAAACUGGGCACUACUUGGCGUUUAAUAAAAAAGGUCACCUUUAUGGAGAGUUGAAACACAAUAAAGACAAUACUGAGUGGGAACAAUGGAGUAUUGGAAAUUAUGAGGCUUUCAGAUCACGUAAAUACGCCAAGGAAAGCUGGUGGAUUGGAAUAAAAAAGAAUGGACGUCCUAAAUCAGGACCGAAAACCGCCUGGGGACAGAAAGCUAUUCAGUUUACCGUAAUAGGAUACAAUUAA